CAGCGCCACCACGGAGGGCCCACGACGGCGGCGGCGGCGGCGGCGGCGGCUCCGGAGCCCUGAGGAGGACGGCCAGGGGGCGCGGGCCGCCGCCAUGGAGCCCCCCGGGCAGCUGAAGGACCGCAUCCUGGAGAACAUCUCGCUCUCCGUCAAGAAGCUGCAGAACUAUUUUGCCGCCUGCGAGGAUGAGACUCCGGCCAUUAGGAACCACGACACGGUCCUGCAGCGCCUCUGUGAGCACCUUGACCACGCCCUGCUUUAUGGGCUGCAAGACCUUCCUUCAGGCUACUGGGUCUUGGUGGUCCACUUUACCCGCCGAGAAGCCAUCGAACAGAUCGAGGUGCUGGAGCGUGUCACCACCAACCUGGGGCGCAGCCGAGCGUGGCUGUACCUGGCCCUCAACGAAAACUCCCUGGAGAGCUACCUCCGCCUCUUCCAGGAGAACCUGCCACUGCUGCACAAGUACUACGUCGGAAACGCCCUUGUCUGCAGCCAGGACCACUUGGCCCUCUUCCUCACCCUGGUCGCAGGCCUGGAGUUUAUCCGAUUCGACCUGGAUCUGGACGCCCCUUACCUGGACCUGGCCCCCUACAUGCCAGAGUACUACAAGCCCCAGCAUCUGCUGGACUUUGAGGACCGCCUGCCUGGCUCGGCCCACGGGUCGGACAGCCUCUCCCUCACCUCCUUCAACUCAGUGACCUCCACCAACCUGGAAUGGGACGACAGCGCGAUCGCCCCCUCCAGCGAGGAUUAUGAUUUUGGAGAAGUCUUUCCUGCAGUGCCGUCCAUGCCCACCACAGCAUGGGAAGAAGGGGACCUGACCGACACGCUCAGCCAUCCAUGCUCCGUGGCCUCCGAGCUGAACGGCAGCCGAGCUUUGGCCAAGAGCCCGACCCAGCGCUACAACCCUUUCGACGGGAAGGCGGACGGGCCGUUCUCCGUGGAGACCACCCUGGCACACGCUGCCUCGCAGGAGGGGGCCGGCCUCGUCCCUGAAGGCCCGGACCAGUCCGAGGGCUGCGUGGAGCUGGAGGUGAUCAGGUUGGCUAAAAAGAAGAAGACGGGCAAGAAGAAGAAGGCUAAACCGGAGGAGGCCACUGUUCUCACCCUCCCUGCUCCUGCUGGGUGUCAGGAUGUGGGCAGGGAGGCUGGGCAGUCACGGUCCACCCCGGAGGCCAGCCCUGCAGCCAGCGCUGAGGCGCCGGCACUCUGCCAGCUUGGGCUCUGGAUCCCCGAGAUGAAGGACACGUCUAUGGAGCGGAUGGGGCAGUCGCUCAGCAAAGUGAUCGACUCACUAGAGACAGCUGACGGGUGGAGCCGCCCUGUGGAGCCCCCCAACCAGUCCUUUCGGACCGACUUGCCAGGGGAGGCCCCCUCCGAGGGGCCAUCCCUUGGCAGCUUUGGUCAGGGGCUUCCGGCCCCCAUGGACUUCUACUGCUUUACCAUUGAGAGUCCAAACACUCCUGCAGCAGGUGGUAGCCACCAUGACCCUGCAGGGAAUGGUCAACCGCCACAUGUUCCUGGUGGCCCUGAAGCUCUUGGACAAGAGGAAGGAGGAGGAGGAGGAGGAGAGGGGAAGGCUGCCGAGCCAGCGGUAGCCCGCUUGCCGGGAGAAGAGGCGGAGAUUGCCAGCGUGGGGGCCCUCAGCAGGCCGAAGGAGGGCCGGACGAGCCCUUCCCCCAGCAGCGCUGAGGACUCCGGGGUGGAGGAGGGGCAGGGCAGUCCUUCCGAGGCCGCCCACCCCUCUGAGUUCAGGGUGGACAACAAUCACUUGCUGCUCCUGAUGAUCCACGUCUUUCGCGAGAACGAGGAGCAGCUGUUCCGGAUGAUCCGGAUGAGCACGGGGCACAUGGAAGGAAACCUCCAGCUGCUUUAUGUGCUGCUGACGGACUGCUAUGUGUACCUCAUCCGCAAAGGAGCCGCUGAGAAGCCAUACACGGUGGAGGAGGCUGUUUCCUACAACGAGUUGGAUUACGUCUCAGUGGGUCUGGAUCAGCAGACGGUGACCUUGGUCUGCACCAACCGCCGGAAGCAGUUCCUGCUGGACGCAGCGGACGCCACCCUGGCCGAGUUUUUCCUGGCCUCCCUGAAGUCAGCCAUGAUCAAAGGGUGCCGAGAGCCACCGUACCCCAGCAUCCUGACGGACGCCACCAUGGAGAAACUGGCACUGGCCAAAUUUGUGGCACAGGAGUCCAAGCGGGAGAUCUCAGAGGUGGUGGUCCACUUCUAUGGCCUUAUUCACUGGGAAGACCCCAUGGAUGAGAGCCCAGGCCCAGCCUCCUCUCACUGCGCAUCAGCCGAGGGCUGCGUCACCAAGGAGGGCGUGCUGAAUUACAAGGCAGGAACCAAUUACCUGGGCAAGGAAGUCUGGAAGCCCUGCUUUGUGGUGCUCAGAGCAGUCGGCCGAGGUCCAGCAGCACCCUGCCCCGAAUUGGGAGGACCCUUCCCAGUGUUGUGUCUUUCUUCCCUCUGCAGCAACGGCAUCUUGUACCAGUACCCAGACCGGACAGACGUCACCCCACUGCUCUCUGUGAACAUGGGGGGGGAGCAGUGCGGCGGGUGCCGGAGGUCGAGCGCAACGGACCGGCCCCACUCUUUCCAGGUCAUCUUGACCGACCGCCCUUCCCUGGAGUUGAGCGCAGAAAACGAAGAGGAGAUGGCCGACUGGAUGCAGUAUUUAUGCCAGGCGGUCUCCAAAGGGGUCGUCCCCCAGAGUGUGGCCCCCGUGCCCUGCGUCCCCUGCUGCCUGGUGGUGACGGAGCAGAAAGUGUUCACCUGCCACGAGGACUGCCAGACCAGCUUCUUCCGCUCCCUGGCCACUGCCGAACUGGCAGAAGUUGCUUCCAUCUCCAUGGAGCCCGGCCGGGAAUAUUGUCUCCUGGAGUUUGCCCAGGACCAGAAGGAGUACCUGCCCCCAUGGAUCCUCUACUUCAGCUGCCCUGGAGAACUGGAGCGGUUCCUUUUGGCGUUGGACACUGUGUGGAAGAGCGUCUACCAGGUGGAUCUACUGCACAAGCUGAUUGAGGACAGCUCCAUCAGAAAGAAAUGCGAGGACGCUCUGAGCUUGAUCCACAGCACGUGGCAGCGCAGUGACAGCCUCUGUCGUGGCCGGGCUUCCCGGGACCCCUGGUGCUAGCCUCUGGGAGGCGAAGAAUGGCCGAUUCCGCAAGGCAGAAGCACGGCGCACGAGGGGAACUCGAAUCGGGCGGGGACGGGCCUCCCUUUCCUGGACACUGAGGGGGCUGCCAUGCAGGGAGGGUCAGGCAGGAGGGGCUCCACUCACCGCCAUUGCUGUUGACUUUGUGGCGCGUUGGUUUGGCCGAUGGCCACGAUCCGAGCAUGGCUCCUGCCCACACUGCAUCUCAGGAGGGCCUUUGGGUACAAGACUGGCUGGUGGGAGCUGAGCGCUGUGCCCCUAUCGGGUGGCAGGGCUUCAGGAAAUCUCUCCAAGGAAUGCCAGUGAGCAAGAGUGGCAGGGGUGAGGGCACCAGCAAGGAGGGGCUCCCGCACCAGAUGGAACCACCAGGUUGCCCGCUGGCCGCUGCUCGUCUUUCAGAUACUCCACCCUGGCCUGCGCCCUGCAUGUGUUUCUGUAUUCCAGACCUGUGGCCGGUCUUGCCCCGCUUCCUGCCCCCUGGAGGUACGGGGAUCACCCUCCUGCUUUCCCUGUCGGCUUGCGUGCUGCCUGCCAUGGCCCCAUCCAUCAUCCCUGGCUGAGCUAGGAAGGGUCCGCCAGGCCCCCCUCCCCUCCCCCUUCCUUGCUAGGCCAGCCGGUGCCCCCUGCCCCCGAAAGAAGGGCCUCCCUUGGGGAUUGAGGAGCUGCGGUGAGGCCAGGAAGCGGAGGUCCUCCCGCUGCCGAGAGCUGGGGGUGCAGCAGUGGGUGAAUGGCUCAGCCACUGCUUCUCUGCCCGAGCCUGCACGGCUGCUCGCUCUCCCUCCUCCGUGCCUGUUGACGGAGACAGUCCUGGUCCGCCCAGCAGGCCUUAUGCCAGGAGCCGGGUAUCGUGGCAAGGGGCCAGGUUGGGUGGGACAGGACUUCCGCCCCACUGGGUUUUUUUGCUGAAGCAGGUCCCCAGCCACCCGGGCCAGGUCCUAGCUGCAGUUUAUCUUCUUGCAGACAGGCGAGGGGUAGCUGUAGUUGCCUGGGUUUUUUAAAAGCUGUUUCUUAUUUUUAGAUGCCUAAUUUUAACAAGCGAGAGACCUGCUAAUGUCCUGUAUGUGUAGGAACACAUACACAAAGGCAGGGGCCUUUUUUCCAGGAGAGGCCUCUGUGGCACGGUGUGCCUGGAUAUGCGUUGCCAACCCCUUCUAAUAAAGGCACCUUGGUGAUCCGGA